AAAAAGGCCCAUAACUCAAGAAAAGAGCCCACCUUACAGAGAUAGAGAGAGAGAGAGAGAGAAGAGAUAACACAUGGUGCAUGCGUUGAUAGAUAUAGAGAGAGAGAGAGAGAGAGAGAGAGGCCCAUAACUCAUGCCUGCAUGCAUGGGCACGCAGAGCUCCAAGUGGGCCUUCCCUGCUGCCCAUAAACAUUCAAGCUGAUGCAUUGUCUUGCCUGUCACCCCAUCACUCAGUAACCCCAAACGUCUCUCUCUCUCUCUCUCUCUCUACUUUCUCUCUCUAUCUUCUCUCUCUGCUUUUUCUCUCUCUUGAAAGUUGAAACCACACCAUUAAAUUGUCAGGAACCCACCCAGUCAAAACCCCAAAACUAUACUUUUGACUCUUUGCAUGCCAACUGUUUCAUAAAAUAACCCCACAUUCGAUGCUCCUUCCCUCCUCCAAUCUAUGUUUAACUCCCCUCUUCUCUCUGUUCAUAUUCAUUCCUGUCUGCUUUUUCUAAAGCAAGAGCAACACCUUCUAAAAAAUAUGGGCUUUUCAUCUGUUUCUCUCUCUACUUCCAGUAUGUUGCCCCACCCAUGAGAGAGAAAGGAAAAAAACCAUAAAAUCUCACACCCCAACUUCAUAAAAUGGCCGAGGACGAGAAACCUAAUGGCCCCAUUGAAGUUGCAGAGAGCUCGAGGUCCUCUAAUGGCGAAAACAGGGUGUUCCCCUGCCUCUUUUGCACAAGAAAGUUUUUCAGUUCUCAAGCUCUAGGUGGCCAUCAAAAUGCUCACAAGAAGGAGAGAACGGCCGCUAGAAAAGCUCAGAGAGCGAACGAUUACAGGCUUUGUGCGUUGGGUUCUUCUCAGCCGUUAGCCAUGGCUCCGAACUUGGGUUUUUAUGGACCUCCACUAUACAUAAGUGCUCACUCUGCUAGCCAUGUUGGAUCACAAAACGCGCAGUUUUGUGGUCAUGGGUUCGGCUCUAAUGGAGCCCCAAGGUUCAAUCCGAGGUUCUCUGGUCCAUGCAGGGUACCAUUGUUUGGAUCAGAGGAAGAGGAGAAUGGGUUUGUGAAUUUUCAGAGGGGUUUCAGGAUGAGAGAGAGAGUGUUUUUCGAUGAACCUGAGGGGUCUUUGCCGAAGGAAAACCACAGGCUGGAGAAUGAGGCUUCCGGUUCCGAUACGGAUCAGAAGCUGGAUCUCUCUCUGCAUUUGUAGUCAUGGAAAGGAUCAAAACACCGGGUCUUGGAGUCUCACAAAGUAAACUUCUCUCUCUAAAGCUCUUCCUCUCUCUCUCUACACCCAUGUGUAAUAAAGGAAAGGAAAGUUCGUCCAUGGUUUGCCUGUAAGAUGGUUUUUGAGUGGAUUUUCCCCUUUACUCUCCAGUCUUUUGUGGUUUCUUUGAGUUGUGGUUGUUUUAGUGAUUUCAGUUUCAGAUUUUAGGGUAUGAAGAAACCAUGUUCUGAAUUUUGAAUUGCAGUGAAAGACUGAUAUGAAAACAAUUGCAGUGAAAAAUGUGAACUCUACCU